CUAUCGGCUCUUGGUCAACAGGUCAUUUCCCCCCCUCUGAUUCUUCAGGCAAUUGAAAUACUUCUUUAAAUAUCCUUUGAUAAUAUCCGAUUAGGCAGAAAAUAUAAACUAAAAAUUUCUUAGUUGAAAUGUAAGAUUGAAUGCACUGACAAUGUAUUACAGACCCUGAAAGAAAAGAAAUAUUUGUGAAUGCUUCAAAUGUUCAGACUAUAAAGAACUUUAAAACUUUAAUUUUUUUUUCGUGAAUAUUAUUUUUCUUUAAUAGAGAAAAAGAGACGUUAUAAAAUGUUUGCCAUUUCUAUGAUCUUAUUUUAUUUUGUGGUUCAUACAAACACAGCACCUCUACCUAUAAAAAUGGUAGACUUGACUCAUACCGUUGACGAAACUGCUCGUCACUAUCCGCUAUUCAAGGAUUUUGAAUUAACAGUACUUGAAAAUGGAACACGAGAAGAAAGAUUUUGGUUACAAACUGAAGAACACUCAUCAACAACACAUGCUGGUACUCAUAUGGACGCUCCAUCGCAUUUCACUCCUGGUGGACUCAAUAUCGAUCAAAUACCUAUAGAUCAGUUCAUUGGUCCAGCGGCUGUCAUCGACAUUACACAGAGAGCAUCUCUCGAUCCCGACACUGGAGCUACAGUUAACGAUCUCAUUCACUGGGAAAACACCACCGGCAAAAGCCUAGAUGGCACUAUCAUCCUCAUCAGGUCCGGUUGGGGUAGCAAAUAUCACAACAUAACAGCAUAUGCUGGAACAGCUGAAAGAGACAUCACGAAAAUGGUGUUUCCUGGUUUAGAACCCGAAGCAGCACAGUGGUUGGUGGAUAACAGAAAGAUAAAAGGCAUUGGAGUGGAUACCAUAUCUUUCGAUAAAGGCACGUCUUUGGACUUUCUCAGUCAUCAGAUCUUGUUAGGUCAUGGUAUUUUCGGACUGGAAAAUGUUGCCAAUAUGGAAUUAAUCCCAAUCUAUGGAGCAACGCUUCAUGUUAUGCCAAUGAAAAUGGCUAAAGCCAGUGGCUCUCCAACCCGUGUGGUUGCUACUUUUCCUGAUGUGAUUUUCAGUUAGCUGUUCUGAAUUCGUUCUACCUUUCCUCUUUUAUUUUUUGGCACAAACGCUAAAUUACUUAAGAAUUUUCAUCUUUGCUAUUAUUUGUAUUUUGAAAAUAAAUAUAUGUUAGACAGA